AUGUCGCGGCCACCCACGAACAACCGCUCGCGCGAUGGCAGCCCUGUGCCGACCUCGCAGGGAGACAUGACGACUUCGGUGACAGUGCGCGGCGAGGGCGAGGGCGCAAGGAAGGUUGGGCAGACUGAAGAGGAGAGCCGGGAUUUGGGAGCAACGGGACAGGAAGGGGUAGCGGUGCAUGUCGGGGCGGUCGAGACGUUGAGCGACGAGAAGGGUCCCAAGGCGGACAAGUCGUCGACGUCCCCCGCUUGGGAGAAGAAGCUCCGCCUCUUCCUCAUCUCGCUCCCUCUCAAAAUCCGCAAAACCAUCCUCGACGCGUACAACGACAUCGAUGCCCGACGCCUCGACGACACCGACAAGUUGCGCGCUCUGAAGGGCGUCACGCUCGCUGCGGAGGCGUGUCAGGAGGCUAGGAUGGCCGAGAAGCAGGGCGACUGGGCGGCCUCAAUCGGGGCGGUGGGCGACGAGGGUUUCACGGGUCGCGUUAAGGCCUUCGUCGAAUCUCAUCGUGCUGAGUUCACGCGCCGUGCACCUCGCUUCCCUCCCGCCGGCAAGUCCACCGUCCUGUACCAGCAAACCGGACACCCCUUGUCGCUUGCUGCGGCUUUGCGCCACGAGUGCUCGACUGCAGUCGGCGGCAUCUGGUACUUUCGCUCUCCCCUGUGCAGCGUGUCUUGGCAGGCCGGCACCUUUUCGUCGACCCUUCCUUUCGUCCGCGAAACCGACAUCAUCGUCUCGACGGCGCUACACCAGUUUGAGAACGCCGGCCUGCGCCAUCUCCUCGGCUGGCAGAAACAGGUCCGAGAUGCGGGAGGCGAGUUGACGAUUGCUGGGCAGGGAGAGCUGGAUCGUGGCUCAACCGUCCACGACAAGCUGAAAGUCAUCGUUCGCAAGACCGGCAUCUUGACCAUCAUCAUCACGACCGGCAACAUGGGCGCGCAUGGGGAGGGCGUCGAGGCGCAAUUCUGCACCGACUGGGCCGCCGCUGCGGCUGCACCCAAGUCUGACGAGACUCUCGUCAAGAUCGAGUUCGACCUGCACGACCCGGCGACGCAGGGGUAUCAAUUCCUCGAUGCGCUGAUGAGGAAGGAUGUGAACUUGAGGGCGAAGGGCCUCAUCGUCCUCAUGGUUCCGACGCUCAACAAGAUCCUUACGACGCCGCCGCCCGUCGACGAGACUUUCGACCGAAUCCGGUUCGAGAACCAGCAGCGCAAGAGGCUCAAACUGUCGCUCCUGCCGAUCGAGGAGGAUCCGCGUGUCAAGGUCGUCACUCAGCAGUACCAGCUCGACAAGCAACUCGUCGCGAUGGUUUGCCGCGCCUCGACCUCUCCCGCCAUCGAAGCCGCCUCUCGCGCGCCCGUUGACGUCGUCCUCGAGAAGCGCCUCAUCCUGACGAUCGAGGAGAUCGAGGCGGUACGGCGUGCGAACGAAGCGCACAACCGCCUCGUCCACAACCUCUUCCCGCCGCAAAAAGAGUCGCAGGACAUUGCGACUGAGAAGGAGCACAUCCUCGCGCUUCUCAACGUCGAGCAGGAUAUGGAAGCCGCACUCGCAGCGGACGAGGUCGUCAAGUCCGGCGGCACCAACAAGAUGGUCGGCGAGUUGCUCAAGCUCGACCUCGACGCCAACCCGCCUACCGACUCGUACCUCGCCCACCACCCCGCAAUUCCCGGCUUCCAGGCAGGCAAGAGCUCGUCGACCACCGCAUCGCCGGCCGACGCAGCCGGAUCACUCUACGAUGACUUGCUCGCUCGUCGCUCGGCCGGGUUGAAGCGUGCGAGUGAAGCGGAUGGGACUGCCACGAUCGCUCAAGGUGGACUGCGUGCUCGUUAUCCACAAGCGUCGUAUGAUCGAGGCGCGGCCAAGCGGGUUAAGCUCACUGAGGAUCGACAAAACGCCCUCUACCAGCCUGUCAUCGUCACCCAGAUCGACUACAAUACCGCCAGUCCCGCUGCGACUGUCCCUCUCCCUUCCGACGACUUGACUGUGAACGCCCCGAGUACCGAAUACCGUCGCUGCGCUCUGCGCUUCCUCGGCGAUAUCUCGGUCCUGCCCAAUGCAGCAGGCUUGUCGACGUCGCGGUUGUCGUUGUCAUCAUCAUCGUCGUCGACGGUCGGGCUGUCCCGCCAGCUUGUCAAGGUAUCCAGCGAAUGGGUCGACUCUGUCCUCUACGUUCGGAUGGAGCUGUCUGCCGAGACAGGCGAUCCGGCUUCGCCAGCAUCCGACGACGAUUCCGCUUCAUUGGCGGGCGACAACAAGGACUCCACGGUCAUCUCGAUUCUCGCCGAUCCUUCGCUUCCCUUUCCCUUCGUCACGAUGCCCGAGAUCAAGCGCCUCUUCCAGGCCUUCAUCAGACGCGCAUACGAGAUGGGAGAGUUGCAGGUCUUGGUGGAGCUGUUGAACGAAAAACAGUUCAGGGGCGUCGAGUUCGACUCGACUUCAGCGCUCGGAACCGCCAUCUCCUCUCUGCCCGAGCCUUCGCCCUUGCGCGGCGUCAAAAAGGCCUUUGGGGCUACUAUCCGCGUUCUCGACUGGCACCUUCUGGCGCGUGCGCUCACCAAGCUAGUCGGCAUCUGCGCCCUCAAGACGGACGACUGCGAGUACCUCCAUUUCGCUUCGUCGCCGUACCGCAAGAAGCGCAAGACCAAGAAGACUGCGGCCGCAACUGGAUCUGCGACGGGAGAUGCCAAGGAAGGCGCAGGCGCAGCGCAAGACUCUGACAAGGCGGGAGAUUCGGACGGCAGCGCGGCAGGGCUCGAUGAGUGA